CACAAUAACCCGAUAAGCUCGGGAGGCGGCCAUAUUGGAAUGGCGAGUGAAAUGUCUUGCUGGAUGGAAAUGUCAACAAAGUAGCGAAUUUGUUUUGUAAAUACUACGUGUACUAUUCGCAAGAGCAGUCGUUGGCGAAAUCGGCGAAUCGACAGUAAUCUUUAGCAAGCAUGAACCGAGCUGACGGGCUGGUUCAAAGACGGAACGUCCCGCGGGACACCUCGGAUGGGGCCCAGAAAGAUGCCACAGACGUGGAUGACAAGAGGUCAGCAGAGGGCGAGGAUGACCUGGAAGAGGGCGACUCCAAAGAGACGAGACUGACACUGAUGGAGGAGGUCCUGUUGCUGGGACUCAAGGACAGAGAGGGCUACACUUCAUUCUGGAACGACUGCAUUUCCAGCGGAUUGCGAGGAUGCAUUUUGAUUGAGCUCGCCAUCCGAGGACGGGUUGAGCUCGAGAAGGCAGGAAUGCGCCGCAAAAGUCUUCUCAACAGAAAAAUCUUGGUAAAAAGCGACACACCGACUGGAGACGUCCUCCUCGACGAAGCCCUGAAGCACAUGAAGGACACAGACCCUCCUGAGGCUGUCCAGAGCUGGAUAGAAUAUCUCAGUGGUGAGACCUGGAACCCACUUAAACUGCGCUACCAGCUAAAAAAUGUCAGAGAAAGGCUGGCCAAGAAUUUGGUCGAAAAAGGAGUACUGACGACUGAGAAGCAGAAUUUUUUGUUGUUCGACAUGACAACACACCCUCUCACAGAUAACGUCACCAAGAGUAGACUUGUCAAAAAGGUUCAAGAUUCAGUGCUGCUUCGGUGGGUGAACGACCCUCACCGCAUGGAUAAACGGAUGCUGUCGCUGAUUAUGCUGGCCCACAGUUCUGAUGUGUUGGAGAACGCCUUUGCGCCUCUCAACGACGAUGACUACGAUCUCGCCAUGAAACGAGUGCGAGAGCUCUUGGACCUGGACUUUGAGGCUGAGAGCAUGAAACCCAACACCUGCGAGGUUUUAUGGGCUGUGUUUGCUGCGUUCACCAAGUGAAUGUCCUGACAUUCGAGCAUCAACUCCCACGCCAACACAAUGUUAACAAAAAAAUAAGCAACAGCAAGUCAACCAGCGUCUUAGUUCUUACCCAGCUGCAGUGUUUUCGUCGUCUCCGUUCGAUUGCGAGACUUGUUCAUUUUUGGUGUCAGAGGAGUUCGUAAUUUAGUUCUGUCAAUCAAACCCUCUUUGUUGUCUGUGCUGAGCAAACACUCUGGCCCCUGCCGGUAGAUUUGAGCAGAAAAAUAACACAUUCCAUUGUGUGGCUAUAAAAAGUCUUAAUCGAAAAACUUUUUCGCACUUUCGAAAUUAAUGAGUUGAAGCUGUAUGAAGAAUCUGCGCAGAUUUCCAUUGGCAAUGCAAUUUUGUUUUGUUUUGUGUCAUUUGAAAGAUUGCCUCAGUCAGAUUUUCCUUCUUUUUUUAUUUAAUGUGGAUGAAAAAGGCCGUUGGUAGUUCCUUGCAAAAGUGUUGCUUUUCUUUUAUAAUUUAAUUUCACACUUCGUCACUUUUGUCCUGCCUUCCGUCAGCUAAUCUACUUGUCACAGAGAGCGUCUGGUUCAAGGAAUAAUAAUUCACAAAUUGUUACACACAUCCAAAAGGAGAGAAAAUUGUUGAUACUUGAGAAAGAUAAAAAAAAAAAUAAUUGGUUCAUGCAAACCGAGGAAUUUUUGUAUAUUGUGUUAAAUAUUUUGCCUAUAUUUUAUUCCACUAUCACUAUGUCCAUUGUAUAAUUUCAAAGAUGAUUUAUGAAAUUUUGCUGGUGCAAUAAAUUUAAACUUUACAAACAUUAA